GCCAGACCAGCCAGUCAGAGCAGAGGAGGCAGCGACGGACUUGGAGCAGGAUUUCUUAACACUCCUCCGAAGGGGCCUCCCCCUCCCCCCGCGGCCAGGCUAGGGCCGGAGCAGGAGGCAGGGGACUGGCCCAGCUGGGCGCAGGUCCUCGCCGGACGGACUCCCCUGCUAGUUCUCCGGUCGGCCCAGAUUGCGGUGUUUCCGAUUCGGGCUCCUCGGGAUGAAUCAUUCCCCCCUUCCCACCGCCUGGCCUCUUUUCCAGCCUCCUCCGCCCGAGGCCUCCGUGGGCCGCGUCCCGGCCAGAGCAGCACCGCCCCUGCACCCCAGGGUCCGGGCCGCGCUCUUGAGCGGCUCCAGGAGGCCGGGCCGCGAGGGCCCCACGGCAGGGAGGCGCGGGGCGCAAGGUCCGGGCCUAGCUGUCCGGAAGGGGCGUCUUCGCUCCCCAGUGGUCUCUGCACCGCGGUAGGCCUAGGGAAGGAGGAGGCGCGGGGUCCCGGGAGCGAAGCCACUGCAGCCGCAGGGCCCGGGCCGAACUCGCAGCUGAGGACCUCAGGAAAGGUAGCCGGGGUCCGGCGCUCUGGCCACAGCACGGGGGCGACCCGGAGACCCGCCUUGUCCCCGCUGUGGCCUCCCUCCCCGCCUGCAGCAGAGCGAGCGGGCCGGCCCAACUCCAGAAAGGCCCCAGGCCCGGCCUUGCCUGCUGGGCGCCCGCGGGGGCGGCCCGGCUCCAAGGCUCGAAGUGCGGCCCGCGCUCUGCUCACCUGGCUCCGCCCGGCCGGCCCAGGGUCCGAGUACACGCGAGGCUCUGCCCGGCGCCUCCUGGGUCUCCGCGAGUUCCGCCCCGGCCCCGCCCCGCGCCGCCUUCCCGGGCCCCUCGGAGGACCGAAUCCUGUCCCGCCGCCUCCAUCUGCCUCGAUGGCGCGCCCGCCCCGCACCCCGCCAGGCCCCGACGGUACGGUGAGCCCCGCCCUUCGGGAGCGCAGCCAGUUUCCAUGAUGCGGGCGCCGCGCGGCCCUCGGAACCUCCGGCCUGGGAUUGAUUAGCGUGCGGUCCCCGGCUCGGGCGGGAGCGCGCUAAUGAGAGCCGGCUGCGGGAUGCCCGCGACCCCCGCCGCCUGCAUUCAGCCCGGGCCUCGCAUUCCCCGGCCGGAGGACCGCCAGCGCCCACGAGGAGGCCGCAGUGCGGGAGGCGGAGACCUGUGUGCGCCCUGCCGGUCGGACACCACCCCCGACCUUCUCCGACCUCCCGUCGGGCUGGAAGGAGAGAGGACGCCGCGGGCCGCUCCCCGCGGCGCUGUCCUGUGCCUCCGUGGCUCGAGACCCUCCAGCCGGUUGAUUUUCCACCGCCUUCCGGCACACUGAUGCCUCCGCUCCUGGGCUUGCGCAGUUCUCUCCCCCGGGUCUUGGUUUUUAGGGGUCAAAGCCUGGGAGGCAUCCAGUCAGUGCGGACCCCACUCCAGGUGGCAACCUCUCCCACUUGCUGAUUGCACCUAUCCUUCCUCCCUGGCCCACCUGUCUCCCGUGGUGUUGAGACUCCUUUGACCUGGGCCACAAGCCCAGUCUCAGCCACUAGACAGCUCCUUGAUCGGUUUCUGUACUUACACCUUCCUGGUCUCCCCUGUGAAGGGCCCCACUGGCCACCAGAGUACAGCAAGGUCAGCAGGCCCCUGCCCUUCUCCUUUCCCCUCUGCCCUUUCCAACCCCUUUUCAUUUGAAACCAGCUGGGUUCUUCCCUGCUGUUACUCUCCUGCUCCGGACCUUCAGCUGGUCCAGGCCUUCAAUAUCUCUUACUUGGGGCCCUGGUGAUCUGGACACAUUUUGCACCUCCUAACUGGUCUGCAGUCACCAAACAUUUCUAGUCUGAAUCUGACCCUGCCACCCCUGCUGAAAACCCUCAAUGGCUCCAGAAAACAACUUCAAAUCCCUUCUUUGAGCAAUCAUACCCUCUGCCUUCCUGCUGAAUCUGUCCAGUUCCCUGGAGCUCUGGCUCCAGGACUUGUCUUGUUCCUAGCUUUCUGUAAGGAACACCAGUCCCCCAAGCCACCUCCUGCUCCUUCAGAGCUCUGGGCCUUGCUCCAACCCCUGGACAAAUCACCCUCCCCUUCUAUCCCUCCCUGCACAGCAGCUUCCCCACACACAGGUGAACUGAGAGCACUCUUGGGGGUUGGGGGGGGGUCUGUUUCCUGUGUCCUUAUUGGUUGAUGUGGUCUGAGGGGCAGGGCUGGGUCUGCCUUGCUCCCUUCUGGUGCCUUGUGCCCAGGGGAGUGUGUAUCUCUGCUGGCUUUCAUGCUAGGGGAACAUGCAUAAGGCUCCUAUCGUUGCCCUUCCCCCCCUUUCUUACUUUCCUAUUCUCCACCCCUGGCCCUGGGUCAGAUAAGAGAGAUAGAGGGAGAGGGAGAGGGAGAGGAGAGAGACUAGCUAAGCUGAGUUCAGUUUCUCCUUCUGUGUAAAAGCAGGACUGGUAUCACCCAGUGUUUUCAGAGAUUAAUGUUCAAUGCACACACAUUGAACACCUGGCACAUUGAACACAAGUGGACGCCAAUGAACAACCUGUCUGUCCUCCAACCAUGAGCUUCAGGCAGGGUGAGCUGUGAAGCAGGAGAGGAGCUGGUCCCCUUUCCCAGUUAUAACCACAGCUAAUCUCUUGAGCUCUGGGAGGCCAGUGUUACAACCCUGGGUGAGACGAGGAAAUAGGGAGGAGAGGUAAGCUUGCUGCCUACUGGUCUCCCUUGGGGAGGGACCUCCCAGGCCUGGCGGUUCCACUGUCCCUGCAGAUGUGUGGCUGGCCAGUGGCUUUGGUGUCCAGACACUGAUAGUCCCGCAGAGGCUUGGAUCCCAUUCAACUCUGCCCUGGCCUCUGUGUGACCUAGACCCCUUCCCCCUACUUCUCUUCUGGGUCAGGAGGAGCCUGGAUGAAGUGGAAACAGCAGGGACACGAGAGAGAGAGAGAGAGAGAGAGAGAGAGAGAGAG